AUGACAACAUCUUUUCCCAUGAAUGCUGGUGAUGAUCCUUACAGCUACUCCAAAAACUCCCAAUUGCAGAAAGAAGUGUUAGAUAGUGCAAAGGAGAUGGUGAGAGAUGCAAUUAUUCGAAAGCUUGACAUCAAAAUCAUGUUAUCUUCUUCAAACACAUUUCGUAUUACAGAGUUGGGAUGUUCAAUUGGACCAAACACUUUUAGUGCAAUGCAACAUGUUGUAGAAGCUUUAAAGGAAAAAUACCAAAAUAAUAUUCCUGAAUUUCAAAUAUUCUUCAAUGAUCAUAUCACCAAUGACUUCAACACCCUCUUUCGAUCACUACCUAUUGAUCGAUCCUACUAUGCAUUUGGAGUUCCAGGAUCUUUUCAUGGUAGAUUAUUUCCGUCGCGAUCAAUACAUUUUGCUCAUUGUUCUACUUCUAUACAUUGGUUAUCUAAGAUUCCAAAAGAGAUGUUAGAUGAGAAAUCUCCAUCAUGGAACAAGGGUUUGAUUCAUUAUAUAGGUGCUUCAAAUAUUGAAGUAAUGAAUGCUUAUGUUGCUCAAUUUGAAAAGGACAUGGAAGUGUUCUUCAAUGCAAGAGCUGAGGAAAUUGUUCCUGGUGGAAUGAUGCUUCUAAUUUCACCACAAUUAAGUGAACGUCUCUUGAAAUUUUUUGGUUCUAGUCUUAUGGAUUUGGUGAACGAGGGUAAGUUAGAUGAGUCUUUAGUUAACUCAUUCAAUGUGCCAGUGUAUUUUCCCUCUAUGGGUAAGUUAGAUGAGUCUUUAGUUAACUCAUUCAAUGUGCCAGUGUAUUUUCCCUCUAUUGAAGACAUGACUAAAGUGGUGGAGAAAAAUGAUUGUUUUAGCAUAGAGAGAAUAGAGUUAACACAUCCCAAAUCAAAGCUUGUGGAUGAGGCUGAUGCAAAGACUUUAAUGAUAAACCUAAGGGCUGUUUUAGAAGGACUUUUCAUCAAUCAUUUUGGGAGAGAAAUAGCAAAAGAAGCUUUUACAAGGACUAUUCUCAAAAGCGAUGAGAUUUCAGCAUGGAUGAAAAUAAAUUAUAAGAAAGCAUGUCAAUUAUUUAUCGCUUUAAAGCGUAAAUGA